AUGGCUAAAAUAUCAAGGGCCGACGCUGUCAGCACUCCUGUCAUCGACUAUGAUGACAUGGCUUACAUGGCUGAAAUCACUCUCGGAACUCCACCGCAGACGUUCGUUGUAUUCCUUGACUCCGGAUCGUCGAAUCUCUGGGUGCCGGAUUCAACCUGCUCUGAAGGACAGUCAUCGAGUUGUGGUACCUACUGUGAGCAG